AUGCCGAAAUAUCGUGAAUCAUACGCCGUGUUAUUGCUGUUAUUGGUUAUAUUCUCAAAUUCCUUUGUGAAAUGCGAUAAAGUGAAGACGGUCAGUUUGACCAAUUGGAAUUUGAUAAAUGAAAAUAAAACUAUCUCAUUAACUGGGCUAAAGGCACCCAUUGGAGUAUAUACUGCCCUGAAGGAUCUCUAUGGUGACCUAUUGAAUUCCAAAAACGAUGAUGAUCUCCGUUGGAUUGCCAAAGACUCGUGGACGUUUUCAACAACAUUUAGUGCCAAUGUUGACGCACAUACCAAACUUAAUCUCACCUUCCACGGGAUUGAUACAGUUUCCACGAUACGUUUGAAUAAUAAAAUCCUCGGGAAAACCGAUAAUAUGUUUGUUCGUUAUUCCUAUGAAAUUACGACAUUGUUGCAACCAGAAAAUGUUUUAGAAGUUGAAAUAAAAUCACCCAUAGUUGCGGCCAAGGAACGUGCCGAUGACCUAAUGUCUAAGGGUAUUAAUGCGCCACCAAAUUGCCCCCCUAAUCGGGAGAAUGGUGAAUGUCAUCGUAAUAUGGUGCGUAAAAUGCAAAUGAGUUUUGGUGGCGAAUGGAAUUUGGCAGCACCAUCUAUGGGCCUAUGGAAACCAGUGGAAUUAGAAUAUUAUGAAGUGGCCAUAAUGCGUGAUGUUGAUGUGGCUAUACGUCGCAAUGACACCCAUUGGACACUGGAUGUUCGGGUAUUUUUGACAACCGGUGUUAGGCAGAAUUUCUAUGCCGAAUUGAAAUUUAUAGCGGCUGAACUUCUGGAUGAACCAUUGACAUUGGACCGCCGCAUGAUUUUCUAUAAUAAUCCCAAAAUAGAAUUCCAAGUCCAUAUUCCCAAGGAUAGAGUAAAUCUAUGGUGGCCCAAUGGCUAUGGUGAACAAAAAUUAUACCCCCUUUACCUUGUGGCCAAAUGUUAUACGGAAAUCAAUGGACCAACCCUCCGAUCCAAGACAAAAUCUCAAAAAACUAUUAACAUUGGAUUUCGUACCAUUGAACUUGAGGAAGAUUUAGAUG